AUGGGUCUUCUUGAAAAGAUAAAAGACAUUGAAAAUGAAAUGAAUAAAACCCAAAAGAACAAAGCCACCGAGUACCAUCUUGGUCUCUUGAAGGCUAGAUUGGCUAGGCUACGUUCUCAACUGAUUGACUCUGAAAAGAAAGGUGGAGGUGGAGGUGAUGGGUUUGAAGCUCGAAAAGCUGGUGACGCCCGUGUCGCUCUAAUCGGCUUCCCAUCCGUCGGUAAAUCCACUCUCCUCAACAAGGUUACUGGUACUGAAUCGGAAACAGGAGCUUAUGAAUUUACAACUUUAACUUGUAUUCCAGGUGUGAUUGAAUAUAAUGGAUCAAGAAUUCAAUUGUUGGAUUUACCUGGUAUCAUUGAAGGAGCAGCAGAAGGUAAAGGAAGAGGUAGACAGGUCAUUUCUACAGCAAGAACAGCAGACUUGGUAUUGAUGAUGUUGGAUGCUUCUAAAGGAGAAAUUCAUAGACAAUUAUUGGAAAAAGAAUUGGAAACUGUAGGCAUCAGAUUGAACAAACCAAGACCUAACAUGUAUUUUAAACCACUCAAACAAGGAGGGCUUAGAUAUACGACAACUUGCAAACAAACAAAGGGCUUGACAGAAAAACUUGUGGCUGAUAUUUUGCGAGAGCACAAAAUUCACAAUGCAGAAGUGGUAAUCCGAUAUGAUGCUGAAAUUGAUGAUUUUAUCGAUUUAGUUGAAGGAAAUAGACAAUAUAUUAGAUGUCUCUAUGUAUACAACAAGGUCGAUACAAUUACAUUGGAAGAAGUAGAUCGAUUGGCAAGAAAAGAAAACUCUGUGGUCAUUUCAUGUAAUUGGGAUUUGAACUUGGAUUAUUUGAUUGACCAAAUUUGGGAACAUCUUGGAUUGAUUCGAGUUUAUACAAAGAAGAAGGGAUGUGCACCCGAUUUUAAGGAUCCUGUUGUGUUGCGAGAAGGAGCUACCGUUGAAGAUAUCUGUAUUAGUAUUCACAAGGAUAUGAAAAAGAGUUUCAAAUACGCCUACGUAUGGGGAAAGUCUGCCAAACACGUGCCGCAAUGUGUGGGUCUUAACCAUGAGCUCACCGAUGAAGAUGUGGUACAACUCGUACUUAAUGGUUAA